CAAACACUGCUUCUAAAAAAAUGGCACUUUGUGUAAGAAAUCUGCAUUUGAAAGAAUUCACUAAUCCGUAUUUACUUUGAUAAAGAUAUUAUACAGUAAGUAGCCGAUAAUAGUAGAAAAGGAAAUGCGAAUAUGGAUCUGCAAGCUAUUUCACAGUAAAAUCAAACGAGAAAAAGGCGGAUAUGUUUCCAACGUCUCUGAGUCCCUCAAAUCUCGUGUAAUCGGCUGAGUCUUAGCGGUACCUUGACAUCUACUGUCUCGCGUGUAUCGAACCUUGAAAUUUCUUGACGUUUGUUUACACUGGCAUGCUUGAAUCACUACAUGGGGUCAAUGUUUAUGUCCAAUGCGUUGCUAAUGUAUCAGUGAUAGUUACGGUGCAAGAAUGGCGCAGCGUUUCUCUCCAAGUAAACCUUUGACGGGUUCAGGCCGGCGCCUCGCCAGGUUCGAGUCGGGGUUCCGUUUCGAGAGAGGCCCCAUCACCUCCGCUAAACGCGAUAACCGACACAUUGAGGAUCAUCGCAAACGAGCGACUAACCAGCGUGCGCACAAUACUUUCAAGCCUUCGAGCCAGAGGUCUAUGCUCACUAUUGGUGAGAAGGAUAUCGGGAAAUAUUCACCCCGAGUAGGCGAAUCACAAGCCAGGAAUCACGGUCUACAUGUUCAGACCUUACCGUCCGUUGACAAGGAGGAACGACUUCAUAAACUUAUGCCGAGAUGUUUCGAAUAUGUUCAAAAUUAUCAUCAUUAUAUUCUCGACAUUAAAAAGUUAGAUCGAGGAGAGAGGGUGCCGUAUUUGUCUUCAAGCCCCGCGAAAAAUGACACCGGAUCAGCUACUGAAGGCUGCGAGCGUGAAAUCAAGCCAAAGCGCCAUGGAUGGGCUAGCUCUCGGCCGCGCCAUUAUUCGGGUCUGCCCUCUAGACCGCCGAGAUCUAGUAAAAACUCUAGGCAAAGCUCGGCUGUGAGGGCCAGAAACUCGUCUGAUUCUCGGGUAGAAAACGAACUCGUUUAUCCGAGUGAUGGGUCAACUGUAAAAAGCACUGAUUUGUUUGACUCUCAGUUUGAAAAUGGACUCGUUGAUCCAAGAGAGGGGUCCGCAAUUAAGAGCAGAAAUUCGUGUGAUUUACUGUGCGAAAAUGAAUUUGUUGAUUCGAUGCAUAAUUCAGAUGUCAAGAGCAGAAAUAUUUUUGGAAACGCGGAUGAGCAAAUGAAGGAAUAUGAGUUUACAGACUCUAGAGAAGAUCACAAACUCGAGCACCAAGACACGCAUACUAGCCUGCAGAAUGCCAUAGUAACUGAGAUCGAGACUGAACUAGGUGUACAAAUAAAUCCUUCUGUCAUCUCAGGGCAACUUCCGCGGCUAGAUUUGAGGCUACCAGACGAAACGCGCUCGGAACCUCGUCGCUCUGGUUGUAACAGCAAACCCGAGCUCAAACCUCCUUUCGUCACACCCGAAGACAGUCCUCGCACUUUUCGUCAUAGCAGGAACGCCUCUCGGGCCACAUCGGCCGGGAUUCGGAGCGAGUGUGACUUUUACGGAGUAGCUACGGAGAUUUACAAGCCUCACCUCGAAGCGUUCACCACGCGUAUACCUCCACUCAAAGCACCUGCGCUGAUCACUCACUCCGGCCGUAAGCACCACACCACCCCAGACUAUCAGCGCUACAGGAUCCUGUGCGAUGCCUUCAGACCAAGCUCCGCCCACGAGACAGGCAGGCGACAAGCUAAAGGCGGUGCCCGCAGACCCAACUUCGUCACGGCUACCGAGCUGGACUAUUACAUUGACGUUGUGACAAGCAUCAAUAACUUCUCGUAAGGUGUUUCGUCACGGCUAACGAGCUGGACUAUUACAUUGACGUUAUCAAUAACUUCAAUCAAUAAUUUCUCGUAAGGUGUUUCGUCACAGCAACCGAGCUGGACUCAUUGACGUUGUGACAAGCACCAAUAACUUCUCGUAAAGUGUUUCGUUACGGCUACAGAGCUGGACUACGACAUUGACGUUUUGACAAGCAUCAAUAACCUGUCGUAAAGUAUCUCGUCGGCAUCAAUAACCUGUCGUAAAGUGUCUCGUCGGCAUCAAUAACCUUUUUUCACUGUUCCGUUACUUUUCGCAAAAUUUCUUGCUAGAUGAGGCAAGGUGUCUGUGGGAGGGUCUGAUUUAUCAAAUCUGAUUUAUUUAAUCUCUGUAAACUUAAUAUUUCCAAACAUACUCGUAUUUUGUAUUAGGAAGAGGCAAAUGGGUUUAAAUUAAUACUUUUUCGCGAUGCU